GGCUGUUUUGUUAUCAAUAAACCAAAAAGGUCCUCUUCAUGUUAGUCUUUUUCUCACUUGACCCAUUUUACACAAAAUCCCGUCACUUCCGCUAAUUGCAAUCACUGUCGCUAUGAACCUCCAAGUGGAACCACCGGAGAAGAAGAAGACUAAGAAUUCGUCUCCACCACAAUCACCUCCAUCGUCGUCGUCAUCUCCGUCGCUUUCUUCUCUCCCUGACGAAAUCUUCGUGAACUGCUUAGCUCGGAUCUCGAGGUCAUACUACCCAACACUCUCACUCGUUUCGAAAAGCUUCCGUUCAAUUCUCUCUUCCACCGAGCUCUUCGCAGCCAGAUCUCACAUCGGAAGCACUGAACAGUGUGUCUAUGUCUGUCUAUGGGAUCGCAGUUAUCAAUUUCCCCAAUGGCUUAGACUAUGGGUUAACCCUAAUCGAACCCUAGCCAACUCCAUGAUUAAGAAGAGAAGGAAGAAGAAGAAGAAGACAACUGGACCAAUGUUAGUUCCGAUUACCUCGUCUAAUUUUACAUCUGUAUCAAAAGCCACCGUUGUUGUUGGUUCAGAAAUUUAUGUAAUUGGCGGCCCAGUCGACUCUGAACCAUCCUCCACCGUGCGGGUGCUUGAUUGUUGCAGUCACACUUGGCGCGAUGCACCGAGCAUGACUAUAGUCCGAAUGAAUGCGUUGGCAUGUUUCCACGAUGGGAAAAUAUAUGUAAUGGGAGGGUGCCAAGGAUUAGAGGACGAACCAUGGGCUGAGGUGUUCGAUACAAAGACUAAGACUUGGCAACACCUUCCUGAGCCGGAUACUGAGGUACGUAAGUGUUCCAUUUACAGUAUUGCAGAGAUUGAAGAAACGAUUCAGUUUGGGAAUGUAAACGAGACGUAUGCUUACCACACGAAGCAAUGUAAAUGGGAAAGCCGUGUAAAACAAAAGUUGAAGUCAGAAUGUAUGAUUGAGAAUGUUUCAUAUGGCUAUUGGAAUAUGCGCUUGUUGUGGUAUGACAAUGACUUACAAAAGGAUUAUUGGAAAAGAUUGGAAGGGUUAGACUCACUAGAUGAGAUGUACAUGAGGAAUGGUGGCUCAAGUGGUAAUACGACUAAACUAGUUAGCUGUGGUGGGAAACUCUUACUUUUAUGGGAAGGGUAUAUGAAGCAUAAUCCCAAUAAUAGGAAGAAGAUUUGGUGCGCUGAAAUCGCUAUAGAAAAGCGUGAUGGAGGUGGAGUUUGGGGAAUUGUUGAGAGGGUUGAGGUUUUGCAUAACGUCCCUAUAUCAUGUCAGCUCUUGCAUUGUCUCGUUGUCUCGGUUUGAUUGACUUGUAUCAAGGGAUGUCUUGCAAAACCAAAAAUCCGUAGGUAUGAUCUUUUCGAUUUACCCUUUCGGGAUCAUCCUUCACGAGCAAAAACAUGGAUUACUCUUCGCCCCAUGAUUGACACAGAUUCUCUCUUCUUGAAGAAAAUCUCAGCAAAGAUAAAAUCUCUCACACUUGAGCUGUGUUGUGUCAUCUUCAUCAACAGAUGCUGAGUUCUGUUUUGAGUAGGGCUUCUGUGAACAAAACAAAAGUAGAGACCAAAUAUGUAAAGGAAAAUAACAAUUGUGUUUUAAUCUGAAACAAUGUGCCCAUGUUCAUGAUAAUUCCAAGGGCAAAGUUCUUUGUAUUUCGAAAGAAAAGUAAAAUAAUAUUUUUAUAUUA